AUGGCCAAAAUUCUGUUUUUCACACCCGGGUCGGAAGAAAUCCAAGAUGCUCCCUUAUGGGAACUCAUGAUAUUGUUGCUUGUGAUGAUCGUCUUCGCGGGAGAGGUUUUGAGGAUUUGGUACAUGGUGGACGGAAUUUCCACCCACCUCAUGCCAAUCCAAUUGGGGUCCAUCCAGGCACAACUUCGGUACCUGCUGAUGUUCCCCGCGAGCGAAUUCCAACACCACACUCUUCGGAUUCUGAAAGUUGGACUCGCGGUUCUGACUCCGGUUCCGACUCUGGCUCUUCGAGUGGGUCUUCUAGUUCUUCUACCCCCCCCUUAA